CACACCAGGUCCGCCCCGCUUUCCUCUACUUAGGAGACCAGGUUUGUCUUUCUGUGAUGGAAAACUUGGGACCCGUAGAAGUACCCUAAGAAGGGCAUACCCUCCCCCUGGGCCAUCCCCCAGCCAGCCCGAGAUGAGGAGUGUGCCCUGACCCCACAGUGACCUUGGACAGAUCCCCGUCCCUCUCGGGACCCUGCCUUCUGCAGAGGAGCCCCAGGCUGCUUUGGGGGCCGGCUGCCGCGAUGCCUGUCAUGGCUACUUGGGGUAGUCUGAGCUGGGCUGAAUGCAAGCCGCAAAUUAUGCAGGCCAAACCUGCCACCUUCACGACCCCAGCCCCUGGGCAAAAGGAGACAGCCCUGAUCAGACCCGCCCAGAAGGGUGGGAGCCAGGGCCGGCUCCCAGGCCUGAGGGUCAAGUAUGUCUUCCUGGUGUGGCUGGGCGUCCUCGCGGGCAGCUGGCUGGCCUACGUGCACUACUCGUCCUACGCGGAGCUCUGCCGCGGCCACGUCUGCAGAAUGGUCAUCUGUGACCAGUACCGCAAGGGCAUCAUCUCAGGCUCCAUCUGCCAGGACCUGUGCAGCCUGCAGCAGGUGGAGUGGAGGACCUGCCUCUCCUCCGUCCCAGGCCAGCAGGUGUAUAGCGGGCUCUGGCAGGGCAGGGAGGUGACCAUCAAGUGUGGCCUCGAGGAGAGCCUGAGCUUGAAGGCCGGGGCCGACGUGGCCCCCCGGCGGGAACUGGUGCUCUUUGACAAGCCCACUCGGGGCACCUCGAUUAAGGAGUUCCGGGAGAUGACCCUCAGCUUUCUCAAGGCGAACCUAGGGGACCUUCCCUCCCUGCCCGCGCUGGUCGGCCAGGUCCUGCUCAUGGCCGACUUCAACAAGGACAGCAGGGUGUCGCUGGCCGAGGCCAAGUCGGUGUGGGCGCUGCUGCAGCGCAACGAGUUCCUGCUGCUGCUGUCCCUGCAGGGGAAGGGGCACGCCUCCCCGCUGCUGGGCCACUGCGGGGACCUCUACGUCACGGAGGGCGUCCCACGCAGCUCGGGGCCCGCGGCCACCCUCCCGGCCCUGCUGCGGCCGCUGCUGCCGCCUGCCCUGCAUGGGGCCCUGCAGCAGUGGCUGGGGCCCGCCUGGCCCUGGCGCGCCAAGAUCGCCAUCGGCCUGCUGGAAUUCGUGGAGGAGCUGUUCCACGGUGCCUACGGGACCUUCUACAUGUGCGAGACCACGCUGGCCAACGUGGGCUACACGGCCAAGUACGACUUCAGGAUGGCAGACCUGCAGCAGGUGGCGCCCGAGGCCGCCGUGCGCCGCUUCCUGCGGGGCCGCCACUGCGAGCGCAGCGCGGACUGCACCUACGGGCGUGACUGCCGCGCGCCCUGCGACACGCUCCUGCGCCAGUGCAAGGGCGACCUGGUGCAGCCCAACCUGGCCAAGGUGUGCGAGCUGCUGCGCCACUACCUGCUGCCCGGCGCCCCCGCCGGCCUGCGCGCCGAGCUGGGCCGGCAGCUGCGCACCUGCGCCACGCUGAGCGGGCUGGCCAGCCAGGUGGAGGCCCACCACUCGCUGGUGCUCAGCCACCUCAAGACCCUGCUCUGGAAGGAGAUCUCCAACACCAAGUACACCUGAGGCCCAGCCCC